AUGUCGAGACCACUCGUCCUAGUCACCGGAGCUACAGGCCAUAUCGGCUUCGCAAUUCUAGCAUUGCUCCUCAAGAAAGGCUAUCGAACACGCGUCGCUAGCCGGAAGCUUUCAAGUGCGGAAAAGCUAAAAGAUCUACCCAGCUUGGAACCAUACGUCAAUUCAAUCUCUUUUAUUGAGGUCCCUGACUUCACGGCUGACGGGGCAUUCGAUGAGGCCGUCAAGGACGUCGACUACAUUCAACACAUCGCCUCACCUAUUCCUGAUGGAGCCACAUCUGGCGAGAUAUCCGACGCUCUCUCUGAAUUCAUCAACCCCGCCGUUAAGGGUAACCUGGCCAUCCUUCAAGCUGCCACGAAAUCUCCGAGUGUCAAGCGCAUCAUCAUCACCUCGUCCACUGAGAUCCUAGACCCAAAAGAAGGCGCAACGACCAUGGGCCCGGACGACGUGCCCGGUCCCGUCCCACUCGACGAAGUCAAAGGUACCACGAACCAGCAUUUUGCGUAUCGUCAGUCUAAGAGACACUCCGGUGCGGCUGUUGAGACUUUCAUCAAGGAGAAAAAACCACAUUUCGAUGUCCUCAGUAUUCUUCCAUCCUUCGUGCAGGGUCGUAAUGAGCCAGUCACCACCAUUCAUGACUUGCUCAGCCGUCCUACGUCAAAUUAUGUGAUGAUCGACCAGGUUCUAGGGAAAAAGUCGGAGAGGCCCUCACCUAUCGAUCUCGUGUUCUUGGAUGAUGUGGCGCUAACGCAUGUUGCGGCCAUGGAGUCCAGGAAAGUCAAGAGUGGUGGGAGGUUCAUCGCAGCGUAUACCCGUCCUAUACCUUGGGAGGAGGUCGAUCCAAUUGUAGAGAGAUUAUUCCCUGAAGAGGUGAAGUCCGGAUUGUUGCCGCUUGGUGGGAAGCAUCCGGGGGUGGGGAGGGCGAAGGACGGGUUUGAUAGCAGUAAGACCACAGAAAUUUUGGGAGUGGAGUUUCGUGGUCUCGAGGAUAUGGUGCAGAGCUUGAUCGGGCAGCUUGUAGAGUUGAAGAAGAAGGAUAAGGAGAACUGAGGGAUUCACAAUGGCAAGGCGUAGAGUACAUCACGUCGACUCAAAUACACAUGCCCCAGAGGUAGCAUUUGGUCCUACCGCCGUUCGCAGCGUUAUGGCACUGUUCCUCCAGUGCAACGCAUUCGGCGAUCGAAUGAACUUGCUCUUUACGAGCUGCGCAAACG